AGAUGUCUAAGUAAAACAAACAGAGAAAUUAUGCAAAAUCUAGGAAAAGAAAAACCCCAAAACCGAAACCUUUCAUUUUUUUUUUUUCAGGCAAAAAUUACUGCAUUUAAAAAGUCUCCUGGAUAUAGGCCUCUGUAUUGCGGCAGCUUACGGAAGCAAUAAGGAUGUUUCGGUAUACAAUGGUGCAGGUGUGAAGUCAAACCGAAUAUUCUCGGUAGCAGGUGGAAAACGAAAAGGCGGCUGCACCCAUAUCGAUUCAUACGCUUCACAUCUCACCGAUCUCAAUAAUGGGGUCUAUGAUUUCGCGCAACCAUUCGAUUCAUCACUUGUUUUUCAUCACAUCAAUUCAGUGAACCUCAGCAAUCGUAGUAAAGAUAAAGAAGCACUCACUUUUUGUAGUACGUACCGCUUCUCAUAAAC